AUGACAAGUUGGGGUCGACUAGUUUGCUUUACACCAGGGUUACCAAGUCUUGAAAUUUAUGAUGAAACUAUAGUAUUAGGUAGAAAUAAUCAUAAAACGAAAAUACAUGAAGCAUGUAUUAGUGGUAAUCAUUGUUCUAUUAAAAAAAUAAUUACAGAUGGAGCUCCAAUACAGUAUUUACUUACUGACACUAGUACUAAUGGAACAUAUGUAAAUGGAGAAAAAGUAGGAAGAGGAAAAACAGUCACUAUUAGGUCAUAUGAUGAAAUUACUUUAUUAGAUAAAAAAGUAGCUAAAUGUGCAAUUUAUAUGUUUGAGUCUUAUAUAGAGAAAAAUGAAGAACUUGUAGAUGGAGGACCUCAAGAUAAAUACGAAUUUUUAGAUUUAUGUGGAGUUGGUAAUUUUGCUGUUGUUCGUAAAGUUAAAGAAAUUCAAACAGGAGAGGUGUAUGCAAUGAAAAUGAUUGAUUUACAAAAAGCACAAGGAGUAAGUAAAAGAGAGAAUGCUAUUUUAGAUGAAUGUGAAAUAUUAAAACGACUUGACCAUCCAAAUAUUAUUAAAUUAAAAGAAGUAUAUCAAACUACAAAAUAUCUUUAUAUGGUUAUAGAAUUAGUUACUGGUGGAGAAUUAUUUGAUCAAAUAGUUGCAGAAACACACUUUACUGAAGCAAAGUGUAGAAUAAUUAUAAGACAAAUAUUUUCUGCUUUAGAAUAUCUUCAUUCACAAAAUAUUAUUCACAGAGACUUAAAACCAGAAAAUAUAUUGUGUGUUAAAGCAGGUACUGAUGAAAUUAAAAUUACUGAUUUUGGAUUAAGUAGAAUUAUUAACCCAGAAACUCUUGCUAAAACAAUGUGUGGAACUCCAUUAUAUGUUUCUCCAGAAAUUCUUAGUGGAAAACCUUAUAAUGGAAGUAAAGUUGAUGUUUGGAGUACUGGAGUUGUAUUGUAUGUUAUGGCUUGUGGAUUUCCACCAUUUGUUGAAGGAGAGAAUGAUGGAAAUAGAAUGUUAUUUGAUAAUAUUUUAGCUGGGAAAUUUGAGUUUAGAAGUCCUUUUUGGGAUAAUAAGAGUCUUGAAUUAAAAGAUUUAAUUAAACAUAUGCUUGUUGUUGAUCCAGAAGAAAGGUACAGCAUUGAAGAUUGCGUUAAUCAUCCUUUUAUGAAAAUGAAAAUUAGUGAUGAACAAUUAAAGAGAACAGUUAGUGAUAUAGUCAUGGAAGAACCUAAAGAUAAAAAAGGAAUCGAAGAAUUAUCUAAAUAUUCAUACAUUCCUAAGUAA